AUGCGGCCCUUCCCAGACCCUCACCAGACUAGGUUCGGAGGUCAGGUUGAAACAGAGACUCCAUCGUCAACUGUUUGUGCUGUUAAGGAAGAGGAGAAAAAGAAAGUGCUCACUUCUGCAGAAGCAGACCUCCUCCUUUUUGACCUUCCGCCCCCUUAUCCGCCAGCCAUGGCCCCUACCCCUGCCAGUUUCCUGGCCGGUUCUCCUGCCAGACCUCCGACCAUUUCCCCUGUCAGUCUCCCUGAGGCUGUCAGUUCUCCCUCAGGACCUGGGCGGGGGCUAGCAUGCAACUUUCCUAGUCCCCUCCCAGGUCCCUCAGCGCUGCUGCUACAGACACCAUGGGCAAUGCAGACACCGCCAGAGGUCCCGCUGCACUCACCAACUGACCCUGCUCAGAAUGAACAGGGCCCAGCAGCUGGAACACAAAGCCGCAGAGCAACUCAGUUGGACUCAGUGGCUCUCCCAUUCCCUGCCAGCCAAGACAUUUUCCCUUUUGAAUGGAAAGAUCCCGAAUCCGGGGUCUCGGGCCAACUAACAUGGAUUCGACUUCCCCAAGGAUUUAAGAAUUCUCCUACCAUAUUUGAUGCACUGAGACCUGGCACACUUAUACUCAGGGCCACAAAUACGCAGGUAACUCUUCUCCAGUAUGUGGAUGACAUCUUACUGGCUGCAGAUUGUCAGAAAAUCAGUCUCAAAGCCACCGGCCAACUGUUACAAGAAUUGGGCGAACUCGGCUAUAGAGCAUCAGCAAAGAAGGCCCAGAUAUGCCAGAAACAGCAGCCAUUUGGGCCUGUGAAUAAGUCUGUUGGAGUGAGCAAUCACUCAGUGAGUCAAGCCAUCCAGCCUGGGAUUUUACUACCCACACAACCCAUGGGGUCUACAAGUCAAAAAGCAGGACCUGCAGUCAGUUCAGUGGGGCCUGGUACUCCCACUUCUGGCUAUUCAAACAACCUUGGGGUUCUCCAGAACACACCACCAGGAACAAUUUCUGUGGGUGAGCUGGUCUCAUUGGCAGGCCUUCCUGAGGGUCAGAUGACCUCUGCUUCUUUGAUUCCUGCACAGAGUACAGCUUCUGGGGUUCUCCCCACUGGUCAAGCAGUCCAGGCCACAGUUCCCCAUAUAGGUCAGACAGUCUCCUCACAGGUUAUUACCUCUUGUCAGACAAUGUCUGAUAGGGUUUUCCCUACAGGUCAAAUGGUAUCAUCUGGGUUGCUAUCUCCCCAAAUUGUGGUGGUCUCAGAUGUCCUUGUGAACCAGGGUGUGAGCACUGGUAUUCCUCUGCUUGGUCAGCCUGUUAACUCAGGUCCAUCUGUUGGCCCCGGUAUGCUUCAGCUCAGUCAGUCUGUUGGCAGCAGAAUCCUGCCAGACAGCCAGUUAGUAAGAGCUGACACUUCACAUAACACCCUGUUCCUCAAGUCAGGCUCUGUUUUCAGGAAGCUGCUUCCAACAGGCUCACAGGUCAAGGGGAAGCCCCUUUACACUCUGGACCCCAUGCCUGUCACUCUGCCUAUUCCUCAGGGAGCUAUUGUCUUGACUAUUUCAUCCCAGGUGUCCACGCAAUUCCUACCCCCCAGUGUGGGUAUGCCAAUUUACAGUGCUCCAGCCCACUUGUCUUCCUCCCCGGGGCAGGUAAGCAAUGCAGACCAGAACAUAUUUGUUCAGGUCUCCUCACCUAAGGUGGAUAUGAAUCUGGUUGCCACCCAGGUCAAGCAGUGGAAAAUCUGCCCAGUUUGCAAGGUGUACUUCCCAUCCAGUGUCUACCAGGCUCACACAGAAGGGGCUCACAGACAAAGUGAGUUCAACUCCAGUGAGAAACUUGAACCAGUAAAGCUGGCCAUGUGUGCACCGUUUCUGAAGUGGACAAGAGAGAGGCCCAUGCAUUGCCUCUCCUGCAAAUGCCUAGUCUCAGAGGAGGAGCUAAUGUACCACUUACUCACACAUGGCUUGGGGUGCCUGUUUUGCCCAUUUACUUUCCACAGCAUUCAGGGUCUCUUGGAGCACAGCAAAAUUAAACACCUGGGGAGGAAGAAGCUGUUGUUGGAUUAUCUUAACAGGGGCUUCCAGUUGAGCCUAGAUGUUGACGGCAACCUGUUGUUCCUCCACCUUGCUUUCAUCAUCACUCUGCCAAGAGAGGAGAUUGGAGAACAGGAGGUCCACCUGGCUAUCCUCUCAGGCACAUAUUCCACAUCACUGGUGCCCUUGUAUGUUAAGAUGUGGUCUCACGUUAAUGUUGUAACUCAGCUCAGAAAAGGAGAGCUGACCUGCCCCCUCUGUUUGACAACAUUUAUGUUAGCCAAUGCCUACAUGUUACACUUGAAGGAAGGACACCAUAUUAUUCCCAUCGCCUGUACAGUCCUCAGUUCGCCCACCUUUAGGUGUGUCCACUGUGGUGGGAUCUACCCUGGAAGCUUGACUGUGGAGACUAUCACUCUUCAUUUGUUGCAUUGUGCACAUGCACCCAAAGACAGCUCAGACCUGCAAGUUCGGUCCAGUUUUGUGGAGAACAGUGAACUGCAGUUUUCCAGUGAGGAAAACGUUACUGAUUUUACCUGUCCCUUCAAAAGAAAAUGGCCAGAUGGCCAUCAGGGUCCAGAAGACCAGAAGAGGGAUGGGAAAGGUCCCUUGUGUGUACUGGGUAAUGAAGCAUCAGGUCCAGAAGAAGGGACUAGUGCUGUGACUUUGAAGAGACAAAGGAAUGAAAGAGCAACUAAGGAACUUGAGGCCAGUAAUGAUUUACUCCAGGUCCUAGCAUUAGAUCCUACCAAAUGCAAAGACUACUCCUCUGAGGAAAAAAAGCAGUUUCUUAGAGAUUAUUUCCAAAAGAAACCAUAUCCUAGCAGAAAAGAAGUUGAAUUGUUAUCUUUAUUCUUGAAGAUGGAAAAAGUUAUUGUGGCUUUGUUUUUUGUAACAAGAAGAUAUAUUUGCUUGAAGACAAUGGAAGACCAUAGAUCCUCAAUACUUCUAGGUUUUGAUAUGUCUGAAGUUAAAAAUGUUAAACACAGACUGAACUUUGAGUAUGAACCGAAAAAGUCCUAA